AUGGCUCUUGAGAUUUCUUCUUCCGGAGUGGCAUGCCCAGCCCCGACAGAUGCCAUGUGUGCUACUCUCUCGCCCUCGACUCCAGUGUCUGAAGCAUCCUCUCCCUCUCGUUCUCUCACUGUUGACCUUUCUUUCGACCUUUCAGGCAGCAAGCUAGUUUUACCGAUUCCUAUCAGGCACUUCCAAUGCCUGCAGUCAUAUAGAACGGCGUUCAUAUUGCAUUUAUCUUCGAUAUCUGACAGCAAUGCAUUCCAGGAGCCAUCACUUCUAUGCUUGGCUUUCAUCGAAUUUCUUCUCGCUCGAGAAGGUUUCUCCAGAGAUUCGGUAGCGGCUGUAUUGCGAGCAUUUGAGACUGAAUUUUUGCACGGCGAUAACAACAUACAUUGCCUCAUCACGGAGUUGACUACGGUCGCUAGCGAAAGGCAGAAGUGGUUAAGGAUAUAUUACGACGCUGUUGAGGCCAGUGAUGAUUUAACACUUGCACCCUCGCUCACCUCAUUCCGGCGCAGUGCUUUAUUUGACCAUGUGCAGGCUGGUGAGUUUCGCUUAAUGGCUGUAUUUGGUGGCCAGGGCGAGGCAAGUCGAACAUGUGUGCAAGAGUUGGCAGACCUAUACGCAACAUAUAGGUCUUUAGUAAGGUCCUUUAUCGAGCAGUCUGCUACUUUGCUUUCCGAGCUUUCUAGGCUUCCAGAUUCCUGGUUCUCCCGCCGUGGAAAGUCAUUGGACUUGAUGUCGUGGAUCAGCGACGCAUCUACUAUCCCGGAAUGUGAAUACAUGGCCCAGGCGCCGAUCAGUGUCCCGGUUAUUGGGCUGCUGAGCCUGGCACGAUAUAUGGUGACCUGCCGGGUUCUGCACAUGCACCCGGGCCAGCUACGUGGGUCGCUUUCUGCGACUACCGGACACUCACAAGGUUUAUUAGCAUCAACAGUCAUAUCCAUGUCUGAUUCCUGGGAUACAUUCAGUGCCAACUCUCAUUUUGCAGUCGAAGCUCUAUUUUGGCUAGGAGUUGAAUGCCAUCAAACUGCACCUAAUAGCUCUUCACGACUGAGCGCGUCCGCCUCGAGUGAGACCAAUGCUGUGCCAUCAUAUAUGCUUGGUGUCCGCAGUGUUUCCAGAGACCAGCUGGAGUGUAUACUAGGCCGCUUGAACAGAACGUUACCGCCAAAUGAGAAAGUUCAAAUAGCCUUAGCCAAUGGGCGGGACAAUUUUGUGGUGGCAGGGCCAAUUGUGUCCUUGGUCCAUAUGGAUAGUCAGCUCAAGAGCAUGAAACGAUCCGAAACAGAUACUAGUCGGGUUCCCUUCAGCAGCCGAAAGCCCGCUAUUCAACAUGGAUUUCUCCCAAUUAGUGCACCAUUUCAUACCGAAUACCUUGCUAAAGCUGUAACAGCCCUGAAGUUGCGGUUUGCAAGACAAUACAUCAAGCCAGAGCAACUGAAAAUUCCCGUCUACCACACGUCCACUGGAGAGGACUUGCGGAAGGGUUGCAAAAAUAUACUGCACGCUAUUUUCGAUGCGAUUGCUCGGGAGAAUUGCGAUUGGCCGGUAGCUUUAUCUGGACCCUCACGGACAGGUGACGGAUGCAUUUCCCCAUCGCAUAUCAUUGUUUUCGAUCGCGGUGGACUCGGGUCAAUGGUCCAAAAGAUUGUGGAUGGUAGCGGUGUUCGCGUUAUUCAAGGCGGCGAUCUCGAUUCUCGCGACCCUGAUAUAGGUACCAUGCGAGAUUUGUUCUCUUUGCGCCUGCUCGACUCAUCGACGAGGCCUCUGAGCUGGGUGCAACAGUUUCAACCGCGUCUGAUCGCAGAUUGCUUAGAGACCCGGAUUUCGAGAUUGCUGGGCACCCCUCCGGUGAUUGUAGGUGGCAUGACACCGACUACUGUUCAUUGGGACUUCGUUUCCGCCAUUAUGAAUGCUGGAUAUCAUGCAGAACUCGCUGGGGGUGGCUACAGGAACAGCUCCGACAUGACCACCGCAAUCAAUGAUCUUGUUGCACAUAUCCCCCCAGGUCGAGGUAUCACUUGCAAUAUUAUAUAUGCUAACCCCCAAGCCAUGCGCUGGCAAAUAGCCUUGCUACGUCGACUAUCCCAUAACCGCGUCCCUAUCGACGGUAUAACCAUUGGGGCUGGAGUUCCUUCUUUAGAGGUAGCAUCCCAGUAUAUUCGAACUUUAGGUAUGCGCCAUAUUGGCUUCAAGCCAGGAUCGGUGUCAAGUAUCCGACGGGUGAUUGACAUUUCCAAGGCACAUCCUGACUUUCCAAUUAUAUUACAAUGGACAGGUGGGCGUGGCGGAGGCCAUCACUCUUUCGAGGAUUUCCACGCCCCAAUACUUAGUACUUACGGGACUAUUCGACAGCAGCGGAAUAUAUAUCUAGUAGCUGGAAGUGGUUUUGGCAAUAGCGAUAGUAUAUACCCUUACAUAACCGGGCAAUGGUCACUACCGUUCGGAUACCCCUGCAUGCCCUUUGAUGGUGUGCUACUGGGAAGUCGUUUGACGGUAGCUCGGGAAGCACACACUUCAUCGGCUGUGAGGGAAAUCAUCUUCAGGACGCCUGGUGUUCCUGACUGGGAAUGGGAGAAAACGUACUCUGGACCCGCUGGUGGGGUAAUCACGGUACAGUCAGAGAUGAGCGAACCCAUCCACAAGAUUGCAACCAAGGGUGUCAGGUUAUGGGCAGACAUGGACCGAACCGUUUUCUGUUUGCCUCGAAAAGACCGGGCUGCAUACCUGCAAAAGCAUCGGACUUCGAUAAUACAGCGCUUGACCACGGAAUUUGCCAAGCCGUGGUUUGGCUGCAACAGUUUGGGUAACAUUGUCAACCUGGAUGACAUGACUUACACUGAAGUGUUGGGUCGUAUGGUAGAGUUGAUGUAUGUCAAGCACCAGAGACGGUGGAUUGACCCAUCAUAUGUUGGCUUCACCAUGGCCAUGGCCACUCGAGCAUUAGAGCGCCUACUUCGUGUUGAUACCCUCGACUCGGACCUCGCUCAGUCGGUUCUUUCCGAAAAUCCGAUGCAGUUUCUCAACGGCUUUGCCGCCGCAUGUCCUAGUGCUUCCGAGGAGAUUAUAAAUCCAGAGGACGUUUCCUUCUUUCUGAUGAGGAGUAAAAUGCCAGACCGGAAGCCAGUCAAUUUCAUACCUGCCCUAAAUGAUGAUUUCGAGUUCUAUUUCAAGAAAGACUCGCUUUGGCAGGCAGAGGAUAUUGAUGCUGUUGUGGACCAAGAUGCUGAACGAGUCUGCAUCCUACAGGGCCCGGUGGCAGCUCAAUACUCCGUUAGGCAUGAUGAGUCGGCAAAGGAGAUUCUUGACACCAUUAUCAGUGGCCUUAUUGAACGUAUGCAGCGUGAUGUCAGUACCGACAGCUCUUCGCCUAGCUUGGGCAGUGGGCUGGUCACCCCGGAGUCUUGGUCCUCAAUAUCGGGUGCCAAGGACAUUGGUAUGGAGGAGCUCGCACUCUCAUCCACAGCGGCCUCAGAGACUGAUGAAGGUUCCCUCUCAGUGGUUGCCACCAUUGGCACAGGGCGAAAUUGGCCUCCGUGGCUACGGGCCAUUUUCGAAGCCAAGGUCAUCUCUCGGAAUCGACGUCGCCAGAAUAAUCCAUUUCAGCAGUUCAUCGCAUCAUACCCUGCCACGAAAGUUCGAUACGAUGCUAACCAUUCAGAGGCGUGUGUGACAGUUCAUGAUGCGUGUGGAGCUACUUCUCUCAUGAAAGUGUCAUGUCUAGACGGUGUCGAGAUUAAAGUGGAACUCUGUCCUCCUCAAGUCUCUGAUCCACUUGAAUUGACGUACCUAAUUCAUCCCAGUGACAUCCCGUUCUCGAUUACUGAGGUCACCUCGAAGCGGAAUGCGCGCGUGAGGACCUUUUAUAAAAAGCUUUGGCUACAGGAAAAAUCUGACACCGGCAUACAAGAGACUUACUACGGUCGCGAGAUGGUUCUCACGCGCGACCUGCUGGAUGAUCUGAUUGCCGCCGUGGGUCCGGCAUUUCCGGAUUCCCGGCUCAUCAAAACGAGCUCGGAUUUCCUGCCAAUCAGCGCUGGGAUAAUAAUUGCAUGGGAGGUUAUCACCAAACCUUUGGUAACUGGAGAGAUCGAUGGUGAUUUGUUGCAUCUGGUGCACCGUUCUAAUACAUUCGAGUACUGUGCCAGUGCGGGUACAUUAUGUGUUGGCGAUGGUGUCAGCUGUCGGUCGCGGGUGCAAGCUGUGUAUGUGGAGGAUGCAGGCAAAGUGGUUGUUGUUGAAGCCCAGAUAUUUCGAUCGGGAAAAGAGGUCAUGAAGAUCACUUCUACGUUCUUGUAUCGAGGUUCACUCCGCUCAGAGUCGACAUUCAGACGGGGGCGAUCGCAAUGGGUACUCCGCCUCGAAUCGAACUUGGAAGAAACGGUCCUGCGGAGUCGCCCGUGGUUUCACCUGCACGAUACUGCUACAGCCCUUGUUGGUAGAGAUCUUGUCAUCAGUAUAGAGACGCAUGAAGUGGACAAGGAGAGUGGCUUCAAGAGUCUUCGUGUGACCGGCACCGCAUUCCUACAGAAUGGUGGUCGCCUUGGUCAAGAGGUAGGAUUUGUUGACUUUGAAUGCGCUCAUUGUGUUGGCAAUCCAGUGCUGCAAUUUUUCGAGCGCAAAGGAGGUCCUCUUAGUAGGCAAACGAUGCUACAGAAACCAGGGUGGAAUGGUCCCUCGUCGAUCGACGUCCAAAUGCCAGUCAGUAACCAGGCAUACGCUGAGAUAUCCACGGAUUUUAACCCGAUACAUGUGUCAACCAUUUUUGCUUCUUUGGCAGAUCUCCCGGGCACGGUAUGCCAUGGAAUGAGUACCUCGGCAGUUGCGGUAGCGGCAUUGGAGCAUCUAGCUCUCGAAGGCGAUCGCUCGCGUCUCCGACAAUUUACAGCAAAGUUCACCGGGAUGGUUAUGCCAUUAGAAAAGCUGGUGGUACAAAUACAGCAUACCGGAAUGAUUGAUGGGCGCAUGCAAUUAACAGUUGAUGUUGUCCGGAAAGACAGCCAAGAAAAGGUGCUCGAAGCAGAAGCCGUUAUUGACCAGCCUGCAACCGCUUAUCUCUUCACUGGCCAAGGCAGCCAGAGCAAGGGAAUGGGAAUGGAUCUGUACCAGUCAAGUCCGGUGGCCAAAUCUCUGUGGGAUGAAAUUGAUGCGCAACUGUAUGCGUCGUAUGGUUGGUCUGUGUUGGACAUUGUUAAGAAUAAUCCGAAGUCGGUAACUGUUCACUUUGGAGGCAAGCGAGGCCGCCAGAUCCGAAAGAACUAUCUCGCCAUUACUACGGAAACGGUGCGGGCCGAUGGAUCCCGUGUCGAGACUCCUGUUCUGCAGGGUCUCAGUCCAUGCUCACCAUCUUACACAUUUACUGACUCACGGGGACUGCUAUACUCCACCCAGUUUGCUCAACCGGCAAUUUUGCUAUUCGAAGCGGCGGCAGUAGCCGACCUGCGUAGCAAGGGCUAUGUAUCGCCGGAUGCAAUGUAUGCUGGCCAUUCUUUGGGAGAGUUCGGGGCUUUGUCGGCGCUGUCGGCUUCGAUUCCCAUGGGAGCCCUGGCCGAGUUGGCGUUUUACCGGGGACUCAUGAUGCAGGCGUCUGUGGCAGGAGGAAACGGGAACGCGUACGGAAUGGUGGCGGUCAAUCCUAAACGCGUGGGACCAUUCUUUGAUGAAGCAGGUUUGAGUAGGCUGGUGCAAGCGAUCGGUCUGGCUAGUGAGGAGCUUCUGGAGGUAGUCAACUAUAACAUCGAGGGUGAGCAAUAUGUAUGUUCAGGGACGGUUACAAAUCUCUGGGUGCUUGGGCGGCUGCUAGACUACAUUGGAGAGUCUGAUGGACCGGAGCUUGAAUAUGACAGUGUCAUCCUUCAGCUACUCUCUGAUGCAAAAGCACUAUCGCCACCGAUCCAGCUUCGGCGAGGGCGAGCCACAAUUCCACUAGAAGGCAUCGACGUGCCCUUUCACUCGAGCCACCUGCGGUCCACAGUGGACCGGUUCCGACAGUGCUUGCUCCGGCCGGGGUUCCUGGAGGGACAUGUGGACUUGGAGGCACUGCGACGGUACAUACCCAAUGUGAUGGCGCGACCAUUUUCGGUGGAUGAGGAAUAUAUUCGGGAGGCAUACGAGCGGACGCGCAGUCCCGUCUUAAGGGAGAUCUUAGGAAAGAGUGUGUAA